AUGGCCUCUCCCGGGACCCCCGAACCCCGGCCGGAGUUACCGGAGCACAACUCCGGGUACCGAGAGGUCCAGUACUGGGACCAGCGUUACCGGGACGCGGCCGACUCUGCCCCCUACGAGUGGUUCGGGGACUUCUCCUCAUUCCGGGCCCUCCUAGAACCGGAGCUGCGGCCCGAGGACCGUAUCCUGGUGUUAGGGUGUGGAAACAGUGCCCUGAGCUACCAGCUAUACCUUGGGGGCUUCCCUGAUGUGACCAGUGUGGAUUACUCAUCAGUAGUGGUGGACGCCAUGCGGGCUCGCUAUGCUCAUGUGCCCACGCUGCACUGGGAGACCAUGGACGUACGGGCACUGGGCUUUCCCAAUGGUUCCUUUGAUGUGGUGCUCGAGAAGGGCACACUGGAUGCCCUGUUGGCUGGAGAACGGGAUCCCUGGACCGUGUCCUCUGAAGGUGUCCACACCGUGGACCAGGUGCUGAGUGAGGUGAGCAGAGUGCUGGUCCCUGGAGGCCGGUUCAUCUCACUGACCUCUGCUGCCCCCCAUUUUCGGACUAGACACUAUGCCCAAUCCCAUUAUGGCUGGUCCCUAAGGCAUGCAACCUAUGGCAACGGUUUCCACUUCCAUCUCUACAUCAUGCACAAGGGCAAAGAGCUUAGUGUGGCCCAGCUGGCUCUUGGGACCCAGAUCUUCUCAUCCCCUAAACCUCCCACCUCACCCUGUUUUCUCCAGGACUCAGAUCACGAGGACUUCCUUAGUGCCAUUGAGCUGUGA